AUGACUAAAUUGCUGAUAAUCAUAUAACUUAAGAUCAUAACUAAAUUAAUAAUCCAAUGUAUGCCGAUUUAAUUUUUGUGGAAAGAAGUGUAAGUCAAAAUGGUGAAAAAUUAAAGAUGGAGGAGACGAAGGACUUUUAAAAAGAAGAGCUCCAGAUCCCAUUGGAAUUUUAAAUUACUCGAAAUUGGUUGAAACUUUUAAAAACUCUACUAAAUCAAAAAGUCUCUUUACUUUUAGCAUUUUCUGACAAAUUAUAAAUUGGUUUCGUUUAAGCUAUUUUAUUUUUCUUGAUCAAAUCAAUUAG